AUGGAUUUAGAGAAAAAUCUAAGGAUAAAAGGCCAUAAUGUACAUUUAUCUACAACAAAACCUCAUAGAUCAACUUGUCAUCCACGAAAUGGAUCCAGUAUAACGAUUAAUAUCGAUGAACCAAGUAUCACAUUAAAAUCAAUUGAUACAACACAAUUAACGAAAAUCGAAAAACUGCGAUUUAUUGCCGGUGAAAUCCAUUAUUUUCGUAUUCCCUACAUGCUAUGGUUCGAUCGAUUACAGCGCAUGAAACUUGGUGGUAUUACUGUGGUUGCAAUACCAAUUGAAUGGGCAACACAUGAACCGAAAAAUAAUGAAUUUCACUUCGAAAAAAAUGGUGAUAUUUUUAACUUUUUGAAUCAUGUUAAAGAAUUGGAAAUGCGAGCACUUAUAAAAAUUGGACCAUAUAUUGAUGCUGAUAGGGAAUUAGGUGGAUUACCUGCAUGGUUGUUAUUUGAAAAUGUAUCAAGUGAUGCCAUUUGGUUACGAACAAAUAAUCAAAUUUUUAAGAGAUAUUAUGAACGAUGGUUGAGAACUUUAUUUAGGGAAAUCGAAAAUUUUACUUUUGAAAAAGGUGCGUUGAGUUGGCAUGAACCCCAUACAACUUUAUCGUCCACGCAAUUCGAGAAUCUUAAUCGGGUAAUCGAGGAAAUUUUAAACGGAGGUACUUCUAUAAUUUACAUGUACACCGGUGGAACAACAUUUGGACUUGCUAAUGGUUUAAAAACACUCCAGGAUGAUGGAACUAUUCCAAUUUAUGGACAGGAUGCUCCAUUAAAUCCAAAUGGAAAUCCAACUAAUCAGUAUUACAAUCUUCGUAAUAUAAUUCGGAAAGUUGCACCCGAUCAAUCAAAAUACAGUAUCGGUCAAUCACAAAUCGAUAUCGAAUUACAAACGAAAUAUCCAACGCUAGAAUUCGAAGCAUUUGGUUCGCUGCUAUGUCCAACAAUAAAAAAUAUAACUGCAUUACCACCGAUUAUUAACUUAGAACCGAAAAUAUUUCGGGAAUUAAAACAAAAUGGUGGAUUCAUUUUAUAUGAAACACUAAUCAACUUCGAAAUAAGAGAUGAAAAGCUUUUACUAAAAUGUACUGGAAUCAGAGAUCGUGGUUAUGUAUAUUUCCAAGAAAAAUUCGCAGGAAUUCUAGGUUCAAGAAAUGGAAAAAUUUUGUUAAAAAAUUUACAUAUGGGUGAUAUUCUUUAUAUUCUAGUCGAAAAUAACGGACGAUUAUCGAAAGGUUUUCGAAUGAACAACGAUUUAAAAGGAAUAUUUAAACCUGUUAUUUUAACAACAACAUCUGGAAUAUCAUUAUCUGCUCCACAAAGAUUCAUCUUCCCGAAAGGUCCAUUAUUAUAUCGAAGUGUAUUUUUUGCAAAUUCGGAGAAUUAUGCUUGUCGUGAUUCAUAUUUAAAUGUGCAAUCGUUGGGUAAAGGCAUUGUUUUUUUGAAUGGUCAUAUUUUAGGUCCAUAUUGGUCUAGUUUUGGUUCGCCAUUAAGUGUUUAUAUUCCAGGUGUUUUUAUAAAUCCGUAUCCACGGGAAAAUAUUGUGAUUAUAUUGGAAUUGGAAAAUGCACCGGUGAAUAACUUUAUUUUAAGAUUUGUACGAACACCAGUUUUUCUUGGAUAG